AUGAUCUCUCUUCCGCUUCGACGCUUCACUGUGUACUUUGGUAUUGCUGCUGGUAUACUACUCCUGUUCGGAUACUUCCACGAACCGAUAGUAUCACAAGCGAGAUUCCGUUUCAGGAAGCCGCCGCCUUCGAUUUCGGCUAUUACGGGCUCCGUGGAUGCAGCACAACCUCAGGAUAAGUUUCGCUGGGACACGGUCAAGCCACGAUAUCCUGUGACGAACCCUCUGACCACAUUGCCCACCGGGACACCAAAGAAGCUACCUCAGGUUCAGCACACUUUCAAGCCAGAAACUCCGGUGCAGGCUACAAGACGUAUUGAGAGGCGAGACGCUGUCAAGCGAACAUUCGCACGUUGUUGGGACUCGUACAAGCAGUAUGCCUGGCUUCACGACGAACUCGCUCCGAUCUCUGGUGGUACCAUGAAUGGCUUUGGGGGAUGGGCUGCCAGCCUUGUCGACAACCUUGACAACCUCUGGAUCAUGGACAUGAAGCCCGAGUUCGAAGAAGCUGUAAAGGCUGCGGCAGCUAUAGAUCUCAGCAUGUCCACUCAAGAGACCAUCAACGUCUUUGAGACGACUAUCCGACAUCUUGGAGGCCUUCUCGCGGCAUACGAUCUGAGCGGCGACAAGCGACUUCUGUCAAAGGCUACAGAAUUUGGCGAAAUGCUGUUCAGGUCGUUCGAUACUCCAAAUCACUUGCCCAUCACGAGAUGGAAGCCGCAGGAGUAUCUGAAGGCUGCCCGAGAAGCUGACCCUGUCGUUCUGGUCGCAGAGAUCGGUUCUUUGACGAUGGAAUUCACAAGACUAUCCCAAGUCACCGGUGACAUGAAGUACUACGAUGCUGUUGCUCGCAUAACACGACUGUUCGAUGCCCAACAAGGCAAGACACACCUGCCUGGUAUGUGGCCGGUAGUGGUGAACGCCAAGCUGGCCGAUCUUACUGGCGACACUUUCUUUACGCUUUCUGCCAUGUCAGACUCGUUGUAUGAGUACUUCCCGAAGAUGUAUGCACUAUUGGGAGGUCUGGAGCCUGUAUACAAGAAGUUAUAUGACAACAGCAUGCGUACGGCGAUCAAGUACAAUCUUUGGCGGCCAAUGACGCCUGAUAAUGCCGACAUCUUGAUAUCGGGCAAUGUGCGGGUAUCGAGCAAGGAAGAUGCGAGGCUUGAUCCGCAAGGUCAACAUCUGGUAUGCUUCGCGGGCGGUAUGUUCGCCCUUGGUGGCAAGCUAUUCGAGGAGUCUGAACAUGUCGAUGUGGGUAAGAAGCUCACAGAUGGAUGCAUAUGGACGUACAAGGCUAUGCCAUUGGGCAUCAUGCCCGAGGUGUUCAACAUGGUGGCCUGCGAAGAUCGCAAUAGCUGCAAAUGGGACGAGGAGAAGUGGCGGCAAGAUGUCAAGUCUCGCCAUGCUGAGAAGGAUGAUGUGGACGAGCUUGUCAAGGACUUCCGACUGCCUAAAGGCUUCACUGACCUGGGCGAUCGUCGCUACAUUCUUCGACCUGAAGCCAUUGAGUCGGUCUUCCUAUUAUACCGGAUGACCGGUGAGCAGUACUUCCAGGAUGCUGCAUGGGAUAUGUUCUCCGCCAUUGUGAACGCUACGGAGACCAAACUUGCCAACGCAGCUUUGAGCGACAUCAGCUUCUCUAUAGAGCAGCUCGCCAAAGGCACGACCGGCGGUACAACGCAAUUCGACAGUAUGGAGAGCUUUUGGAUGGCCGAGACGCUGAAAUACUUCUAUUUGACGUUUAGCGAGCCUAGUCUGAUGGAUCUCGAUGAAUAUGUCUUCAAUACUGAAGCACAUGCUUUUAAGAGACCGUUACCAACGUAG